AUCAAAUAUAAGUUGUCAAUGUCAAAGAAAUUCAAUUUCACAACAAGGCGAAGUUUGUCGAGUUCUGCUUAUUUUCUAUUAAAUUAUACAGCAAUAACGAGAAGCCUAAAAGAAACAUAAUUUAUCAACAAUACGUAACCAUUGAAAUCCACCAAAAGUCUUGCACCUAACGACCAUGAUAAUUCCCGUGCGCUGCUUCACAUGUGGGAAAGUGAUUGGUAACAAAUGGGAGGCAUACCUCGGACUUUUACAAGCUGAAUACACUGAAGGCGACGCGCUCGACGCCCUCGGCCUGAAGCGGUAUUGUUGUCGGCGCAUGCUGCUCGGUCACGUCGACCUGAUCGAGAAACUGCUCAACUACGCGCCGCUGGAGAAGUGAUCCUACUGGCCUACUGACAUUCCUACUAUGUUACUGUGACGUAGUUUAACUUGCAGACCGCUCACUGUACAGAACAUGUAAUUAGUCAAAUAAUUUCAUGAAUUUCAUCCUUUUAAAUCACAUCGUUAGCUGAAGUUGUUAUCGUAAAUUGUCCGUAACCGGCAAUCCUUCCUUCUUUUGGUAUAAUGGGGAUGAUGACUAAGUUUGAAUAUAUUGAUUUUUAUGAUACAUUCGGGUAAAUAAGGUCAAUGUUAACUAAUUUAUACAUAAAAAGCAAAGAUUGACUGGAUAUUUGCAAAAUAAAUAAGAUUAUAAAAUUUCAAAAUCUACUAAAAAUAUUUUAUCGUAAUUAGAUGAAAAUUCAUACAGUUUUAGCUUUUUUACAUUAAAUGUGACAUUUUUUAAUAAAUGAACUAUAAACGUAACGCAGAAAUAACAAAGAUAUUAGUAAUUUUGUUUAAACGCCUAUACAAAUCUAAUGAUCAUUAAUUGCCUACGACGUCAUAAGUUCGUGCCGCAAAUCUGACCCUUUAAAUCCCUGUAGCUCCGAAAGUAAUGAUCGCAGAUACCCUGUAACUUUUACAAAAUUGCUUUACUAUUAGCAUACUCUUAAUUUAUAUACAAUUUAAAAAACUGUCAUCAUCCCUAUUAACAACUAAUAGUGGAUCACCAUCAUCAUUAACAACCCAUGUUCGAUUCACUGUUGAGCACAAGUCUCUUUUCAGAAUGAGAAGGGUUAAGCUAAUAUAUGAUAUGGUUAUGGUAUUAACUUCAGCUAAUGAUUUUUAUAUUUCUAUUCAUAUUUUAUAAAGGUGGGUACAAAUUGGUGCAAUGCAACAUGUAAUGCAACAUGCAAUGCAAGAAUUUGACGUCCACAUAGCUGCAAUGUAUCACGAAUGCUCGUGGUUUGGACGCCUCGCGCGCACGAACUGCGCCUGGGUCGCGCACGCUCCGAGCGUUACAACUCGUGCGCGGUUCGAUCCGAGAUUUGUCGGUUUUUGGAACGAACACAAAGGGGCGCGCAGUGUGCGCAGGACUGAGCCGACUGAUUCGUAGUCAAUGAGCGUACCGCGCGCGCCACACGUCCAAGGCAGCAGGGAACAUGCAAUGUAAGGCAGGAGAUUACAUUACAUGUUGCAUUGCACCAAUCUGUACCCACCUUUAUGAAUUAAGACGUUUUGGAUGACGUUUCUGCUAAUUAAGUAAGUUUAAGAUAAAUAAUGUCUAAUACUUUAUUUAAGUUUUGUAAAAUAAAUACUAAUUUAAAUAAAUUUCUUUUGAUUUAUAGUUCGUCCGUCAGUAUCUAGGGGUAGGUAUUAAGCAACAAAUUAAAAGUUGAUAAAAUAAAAUAAACCUAAAUUAUGAUUGUAGUGGAUGUAUUUUGCAAACUUGUUUAAUAAUUACUUAUUUUAUCGCUUAAAUGUUUGUUUUUACACAAGUUAGCCUUACAAAACAUAUAUUAGCAGCACUUAAUAUUGCAAAACGUUUUCCUUAUUAUUAUGCACUUUACAAUUACUUCAAAUAAAAAUGGGCAUCCCCUAUUAUCGGACAUCUUGAUGGGUCAGUACUUUGUAAUAUCUUUGCGUUGUGUGUUUUGUAAUUUGUUGCACCAAUCACGAAACUGUAUUUUAAACCUGAUACCUGCUGAUUGAUGGGAUUUAUGACACAAUGGAAAUAACAAGUUAACGAUUGACUGCGGCUUUACUUUACCCCGAUAUCUGACGUCACCCAAACGCGAGUUUUUAACUGGACCUUUAACCUGGACUUAUACACUCAAGCCAAAACACCCUUCCAGAACGGCCCUCUAAGCCGAGGUCUAACUCUCAGAGGUGACUCCAUUAGUUCCGCCUAUCGCUUCUGCUUUUGCCUUCGGUAGGAUUUAAGACACAACUUAGCCUCCGUAGCGCAGGGAUAUGCGCGUUGGAUUUACAAGACGGAGGUCCUGAGUUCGAUCCCCAGCUUUUCUUAAUUGGUCCAGGUCUGGCUGGCGUGAGGCUUCGGCCGUGGCUAAUUACCACUGGCAAGACAUACCGCCACGUGAUUAAGCAUUCCGGGACGAUGUCAUGAAGAAACCGAUAAGGGGUGUGGAUUUUCAUCCCCCUUCUAACACGUUGUCCCGUUAUUAUUUGUGUAAUUUCGCGGUUAAUCUAUUCAGAAGCUCAAAACAUUUUUUUAAUGAGUCCAUUUUAUUAGGCGUAUUGAGAAUAUACAAAAACUGCUUACGUAUUGUUGUUUUCUUAAUUGGUUUUUUAUAAUUGAUAGGGCUAUACGUUUAUAAAUACACACAUACAAGGAACAACAGGGUUUUUGUUACAUACUGUAUAAAACAUGCGAAAAUAUAAGUAAAUAAGGGUUGAAAAUUUACAUAAGUUUCCAUACGGACGAAGUCGCGGGCGUCCGCUAGUUUAAAAAUACCUAUGUCUUAAUACAAAAGAUAAUAACUAUAAAGCAACGCAUUCCUGGUUUUUUGCUAUCAUUAUCCCCGAGACUUUCUUACAAUUGUAUGUUUACUUUUCCUCGUUUUAUCUAAUCAGUGAUUUCUCACUAAGUUUUUGCUCUUGAAAUUUAUAACGGGGAAAGUAUUUCAAUGGCAGUACAAGUAGGCUAAACUUGUUUACAUUGUUAACGAUAAGCGCUGUACUUAACGCGUAUUUGUAUUAUUUGGAUUACGAUAAACAUGGACAGAAACAAUAGGGAUUAUGACAGAUUUUUAAAUUGUGUAUAAAUUAUGAAUAUGCUAAUAGUAAAGCAAUUUUGUAAAAGUAACAGGGUAUCUGCGAUCAUUACUUUCGGAGCUACAGGGAUUUAAAGGGUCAGAUUUGCGGCGCUGCCGCGGAUUCCCUGAAAAACGCCAAAUACAAAAUGUUACGAACUAUUGAAGUUGUAGGUAUGUAAUGAUCGUUAGAUUUGUAUGGGCGUUCAAACAAAAUUACGAAUAUAUGUAUUUGUUAUUUGUGCGUUUAAGUUAUAGUUCCCGUAUAAAAAAAUCACAUUUAAUCUAAGGAAGCUAAAACUGUAUGAACUUUCAUCUAAUUACGAUAAAAAAAGUUUAAUAGAUUUUGAAAUUUUAUAAUCUUAUUUAUUUUGCAAAUAUCCAGACAAUCUUUGCUUUUUACGUAUAUAUUAGUUAACAUCGACCUUAAUUACCCGAAUGUAUCAUAAAAAUCAAUAUAUUCAAACCUAGUCAUCAUCCCCAUUGAGUAACCACGUCCUAAUUAGGUAGGUUUAAAUGCAUGUUUUGCUGGCGACAUACCAAACCCCUGUUAUUGUUUUUGUUCACAUUAUUGUUUGUAAACAGUUAAGAGAAUCUCUGUCUACAACAGAGAGUAAACUCGGCUGGAUAAGAAAUACAUAGGUUAGCCUAA